AUGGCGUCCUUUAAAGUUACAGGCGGGAAGAAAAGAAAAGCGGACACUCAAGGAGAUCAAAGACCUUCGAAGAAACAACAAGGCAGCGAGGUCAAAGUCACUCAUUUAACCAGUCCGGAUGUCGUUAAGCCAGUUGUCGCCAUCUCACCCGGUGUGACACUACCUGAAAACGUCAAGUUCAAUGCAUUCUCCAAAAAAGGACCGGCCGGCAUGUCCAAUCUACUUCUCCAAUCCUCAGACCAUCCGACCAUCGACUAUGUUGCGACAGAGAGCAACACCACCGAUGCCGGAGAGAAACAUAUCAAGCAUUACAUUGCCAUAUUUGACGAGGCAGCGAAAAUCCUCAAGGUCAUGGAAGCCAAAAAGAUGACGAUACGGAGCACCGUUCGCCAACCUGAGAAAAGUACAAAUAGCGAUGUGGAAGACGCAUUGGUGAAACCACCACCUACACCAUCGUCACGGGCAGCAUUGACACAGGCAUUUGGAACCAAAAAAUCGAAGAAGGCCAUCGCGUCAGUGGCCGAAAAUCGCCUGCUCGCCCGCAGUGGUGAAGACAUAGACACCUCCGUGUCCAACGCUAUCUUAUCCUCCAUCCAAGACGACGACGACGACGAUUUAUUGGAAGCUAUCGAGUCAGCUUCGUCACGAGCCAACAAACCCCUCCCACAAGCCAAUCUGGACACGAGCGAUAUCAGUGAAGUGUACCCUCUAUCCUCACUCGUCUUCCCUGGCCCUGCUCGAACGACCCUGUCCCAGAUGCCACUGACAUAUUGGCGAGAACGAGCCUCUGCAAAGAAGGACAUUAAUUCCCGCUACCGCUUCGUCGCGCACUGCGUGGACCGCUUGGUAAAACGUCACCUCCAAGACCCCAAGAACGAGACCAUACUGCUCAAGUUGCAGAUUCUCCGGUAUAUCCAGCUCCUGCUCGAAAUUCGCACGUAUACAACACGACUGCCGUCCAGCAGACCAAUUCCCCAACCGGAGAAAUGGCCGGCCAAUACGACGUCCGAUGUGUCGCUAUCGACAAGCUUUCUGUCGAAACUCAUCUCCCGCUUCUUUCCCACCUCGAUCCCGACGACACAGGCUAAGACGCUGCUCACCACGACGAUCUUGGCCCUAACGCUGCAUAUCCCGCCGCCAAAGUUCAAGCCGGAAGAUACUCCAACCAUCCUUCUCGCCGAGCCGUCAGAUAUAGCACUGGACCUGGCAUUGCGGCCCGGACAAGUGAACAAGCUGUUCCGUGAGCUGGGCUGUAAGAUAGAUGGUCUCACAGACGCGGAAAUCACGAAAUAUGGGUGGGAGAAGGCCGGGAAGGCCAGAAAGUUUGUUGACGAAGAGGGUAAAGAGGUCACGUUGCCGAAACCCAAGUUCGCUAAACUCAAGUUUCCUGUUACAUUUCCGAAGGUCAGUGCUGGGAGGCCCAAUCGGAGGUAG